CGCGGACCGAGAGGAGCACUAGACAUGUAUAAGAAGAGAGGCCGUUCGACCUCAAGCCUCAAACUUCUUUCUACCCUCACCCGCAACCCAUCCUCUGCAGCCUCGUUUACAACAGUCUCUCGUUCUCACAAACCCACAAUCGUUCACUCUAGCCCAUCCCAGGUUCAAGAACCAAACCCGACAAGAUGCAGCUCAGCAUUCUUCUCGUCUCGGCCCUGGCUGCCCAGGCCAUGGCCCAGGACGUCACCAUUACCAGCUACCUCACCACCACCUCCCAGACCACUACGGCGUCCUCCAUCUCGAUCCUCCAAACGGGCACGGUCACCACCACCUCGGUCAUCACCCCGACGUCUACGGUCACCACCACCGUCUACAAGCACAAGGGCUACGGCGGCUAUGGCGAGGAGAAGAACUACGGUUAUGACGAGGAGAAGAACUACGGCUACGACGAGAAGAACUACGGCUACGACGAGAAGAACUACGACGUCUAUACCGAGGAUGAGGGUUACGACAAGGCCAGGCUGGCCGCCCGUGCCCCCCAGAUCUCUACGUUAACCUCAUACCAGACCACCAGCUUCGUCACCACCACCUUCUCCACGACCUCGACCGUGUCUACCGUCACCGCCACCACCACCUCGGCCCCCACCACGGUCACUACGACGACGACCGUCUACGAGAAGGCCAAGCGGACCGCCAGCCACCCCCACCGGUAUGUUGUCAAGGUCGACUCCCCCCUCGAGAGGGAUCUGCCCGAGAGGGAUCGGCACCACCACCCGCGCCCUCUGGAGGGCGACCCGGACUUCCGUCCGGCCCCUUUAGAGCAUCACCAUAACCACCCGCACUUCCACCCCGCACAUCAGCACCAGCACGAGGCUCAGGCCGAGGCGGAGAGGGCUGGGAACAGGCGCCCCUUCCGUAAUCACCAGCAGGAACAGGCGACGGACAGGCACUUGCCCGCUCCCGAGGUCCACAUCCACAACCCCCCGGUCGUGUACCAGCCUCCAGCCCAGCCCCUCUUCGGCCCACCGGUGCCUGCUGUUGCUCCUCCCUACCCCUUCGCCCCCGCGCCCCAGUACAUCCCUUGGCCGAACGUGGCUCCGGCUCCGGCUCCGGCUCCUAUUCCGGCUCCUAUUCCGGCUCCUAUUCCGGCUCCCAUUCCGGCUCCCAUUCCGGCUCCCAUUCCGGCUCCCAUUCCGGCUCCCAUUCCGGCUCCCAUUCCAGCCCCCGCUCCCGCUCCCGCUCCCGCUCCCGCUCCCGCUCCCGCUCCUGCCGCUGCCCCGCCCGCCCACCAUCGUCCUGCCCCUGAAUCUGACGAGGAGCCUGAUCACAUCGUCGCCCAAAAUGACACUCCUUCCCCGCCCACACCCACCUGCCCUGCCCCUCACCCCGGCGACGAACACUCGCACGUCCCCGCCCCCGCUGCCGCCUCUGCUCCUGAGCCUGAGGAGGAACCUUCUCACACCCCUGUCACCCACCACUCCCCUCCUCCCCCGCCGCCUCCUCCCCCCAGCCCAAAACAAGCAGCUCCCGAGCCCAAGGCUAAGUCCAAGGCCGAGCCGGAACCUUCCCCAGCUCCCGAACCCGCACCCCAGCCCAAAGCCGAGGCAGCCCCAGCCCCAGCUUCCAGCUCCGUGUCCCCCGCAACUGUGCCUGUUUCCUCUCCGCCUGUUCCUGCUGCUGACGACGUGCCUCCAGCCGUGCUUAAGGGAUUCGCCAGCCGCAUGGCGGCACCUGCCAGCCUUUUGGCCGCAGCGGCCGCCUUCGCCGCCCUGGCAUAGAAGUCGCUGAGAGACGACACCUGCGACCUCUCAACAACGAACAGCAACACCAACAAAAAAAAGGAUCCCACUUGCCGGUUACAACAACCAACACAAAUCAUCAACCAUUUACCCGAUUCGAGCUCGUGAGGAGGGCCUCACUCCGACUCCCCCCAAGUGAGCCAGCAAAGCUUACACGACGCCGGUAUGCGAAACGGAAACACGGACGCCGAUGGUCACAGACAAGGAGUUUCGGCUGUAUUUGCUCUUGAUGGUUUCUUUCUCUUCUUGAACCUGGUCUAGCCUGCUAGACGUACACAGUGCAAUACUGCACAUUUAUCUAGACACAUUUUUACCGGCUGUUUUGGGAGGCAUUUUCAUCCCCAUCUCUCCUUUGGGUUUGGCUUUUUUUUUGCUUUUUCCACAACUGGACAAAACGGCGUUUUCUUUUUUUUUCCGACAAGACGAUACAACCUACUCGCACUCGCAGUUUCUGGGGAGGGAUGGGGCAAAGGCGAAAAAAGAAGAGCGUUCUGUUUUGGAUACAUGCUACGGGCAAAAGAGCAUUCUCAGGACGGGGAAGGGGUUUCGAUGACCUGUCACAAAAUAACCCCCCGGUGUAGUGUGGCUUUCAUUUCUCAACUUACAUCUUUCUAAUCAAUACGAGGCUUUGGAUGUGGGCGAAAACAAACACGAUAUGAUUGGUGUGCUUUUACA